GAGAGAGAAGGCGAGAGAGUGGCGACGAUGCUCUGCAAAAGCGGCUCCUGGCUGUCGGUGGCGUGGCUGCUGCUGGUUGCUGUCCCGCAGAGGGCCGGUUGCUGCCCGAGCCGGUGCCUUUGUUUCCGCACCACGGUGAGAUGUAUGCACUUAACGCUGGAGCACAUACCUGCCGUGUCCCCGCAGACCACCAUCCUGGACUUGCGGUUCAAUAAAAUCAAAGAUAUCCCGCCUGGAGCCUUCCGACGGUUGAAGAACCUUAACACACUACUAUUGAACAACAACCAAAUUAGAAGAAUUCCCAGGGGUGCAUUUGAAGAUUUGGAGAGUUUAAAAUAUCUCUAUUUGUACAAGAAUGAAAUCCAAUCAAUUGACAGGCAAGCAUUUAAGGGACUUGUCUCUCUAGAACAACUGUAUCUCCACUUCAAUCAAAUAGAAUCUCUGGUACCAGAAUCCUUCAGCCAUCUUCCAAAGCUUGAAAGACUAUUCUUGCACAACAACAGACUUUCGCAGAUAUUGCCAAGAACUUUCAGUCAAUUGGAAGCUAUGAAAAGACUGAGGCUGGAUUCGAACAAUCUGAACUGUAACUGUGAUCUGAUGUGGUUAGCUGAGAUGCUGCAGCAGUACGCAGAAUCUGGCAAUACCCAAGCAGCAGCGACCUGCGAAUAUCCCAGACGCCUCCAGGGAAGAUCCGUUGCCACAGUUACUGCCGAGGAAUUUAACUGUGAAAAACCAAGAAUUACAACAGAGCCACAGGAUGCAGACGUAACCUCUGGGAACACCGUAUACUUCACCUGCAGAGCUGAGGGAAAUCCGAAACCCGAGAUUAUCUGGCUGCGUAACAAUAAUGAACUAGAUAUGAAAUACCACCCACGCUUAAACCUGCUGGAUGAUGGUACUUUAAUGAUCCAGAAUAUUCAAGAGACUGACCAAGGUGUUUACCAAUGCAUGGCCAAAAAUGUAGCCGGAGAAGUAAAGACUCCUGAAGUUAUUCUUCGGUAUUUUGAGAUACCAGCCAGGCCUGCUUUUGUAAUUCAGCCACAAAACACUGAGGUCUUGGUCGGAGAGAGCGUCACUUUGGAAUGUAGUGCGACUGGAAACCCUCAGCCACGGAUCAUCUGGACAAGAAGUGAUGGGACUUCAUUACCCCAACAUCCUCGAUAUACCACAACUUCCUCCGGAGGACUCUAUAUACGAAAUGUAGUUCAGGCAGAUGGUGGCCAAUAUACCUGUCAUGCAAACAAUAAUCAGGAUUCCAUUCAAGCAACUGCAUUUAUCAUAAUUAAAGCUCCACCUCAGUUUACAGUCUUGCCACAAGAUCAAGCUGUUGUAGAGGGACACUCUGUAGAUUUCCAUUGUGAAGCUCAGGGUAAUCCCACACCAGUUAUAGCCUGGACCAAAGGAGGUAGUCAACUUCCGGGAGACAGACGGCACAUUGUCCAAUCUACAGGAACGUUGAGGAUUUCAGGAGUUGCACCUCACGAUCAGGGCCAAUAUGAAUGUCAAGCCAUUAACAUUGUUGGUGCCCGACAAGUUACAGUCCAGCUCACUGUACAGCAUCGAGUAACACCGGUUUUCAUCACUACCCCAGCUGACUUGACUGUAGUAGGUGGAACAGAUGUGCAGAUUCCAUGCAGUUCUCAGGGGGAGCCUGAGCCAACUGUGACGUGGAGUAAGGAUGGAGUUCAGAUAACAGAGAGUGGGAAGUUUCAUGUUAGUCCAGAAGGGUUUCUUUCAAUUCGUGAUGUUGGACCUGCAGAUCAAGGGCGAUAUGAGUGUAUUGCCAGGAACAGCAUUGGCCACUCUGCUGCCAGCAUGGUGCUGACAGUGGUUGUCCCAGAAGGCGUUCGAAGUGGGGACACUUUUGUAGUGUCUUCAAUUCAAGAAGCUAUUCAGAGUGUUGAUCGUGCCAUCAACUCUACUCGCAGAGAUUUGUUUGACAGACGCCCUCAAACUCCAAAUGACUUGCUUGCCUUGUUCCGCUAUCCAAGGCUCCCAUUUGUUUUCGAUCUUGCAAGAGCCGGGGAAAUAUAUGAACGGGCCCUGCAACUAAUUCAGGAACACGUCAAUGAUGGACUGAUGGUCGACUUGAAUGGAACAGGUUUCCGCUAUAAUGAUCUUCUGUCACCGAGAUUCCUCAACCUAAUUGCAAACCUGUCUGGUUGCACAGCCCACCGGCGGAUCAAUAACUGUUCCGAUAUUUGUUUUCAUCAGAAGUAUCGGACCCACGACGGAACGUGCAAUAACCUGCAGCACCCCAUGUGGGGAGCUUCUCUUACAGCCUUUGAGCGUCUUCUCAAAUCAGUCUAUGAGAAUGGCUUCAACCUGCCAAGAGGAAUUAAUCCGAACCGUUUUUACAAUGGAUUUCCUCUCCCUCUACCUCGUCUUGUUUCAACCUCUUUGAUCGGCACUGAAACCAUCACACCUGACGACCAGUUCACUCACAUGCUGAUGCAGUGGGGUCAGUUUGUUGAUCAUGAUAUGGACCUGACUGUGGCAGCACUGAGCUUGUCGAGGUUCUCAGAUGGCCAGCACUGCAGUUCUGUCUGUACAAAUGAUCCCCCUUGCUUUCCCAUCACAAUCCCUCGAAAUGAUCCCAGAGUGCGUAGUGGGGCACGGUGCAUGUUCUUUGUACGUUCCAGCCCUGUUUGUGGGAGCGGCAUGACAUCCUUGUUAAUGGAAUCUGUGUACCCACGGGAACAGAUCAACCAGUUGACUUCUUACAUUGACGCAUCCAAUGUGUAUGGCAGCUCAGAUCAGGAGGCUGAAGAAACGCGUGACUUGGCUAGUCAACGAGGCCUGCUGAAGCAGGGCAUAGCACACAGGUUGGGGAAACCUCUCUUGCCUUUUGCUACUGGUCCACCAACUGAAUGCAUGAGAGAUGAAAAUGAAAGUCCCAUUCCUUGUUUUCUGGCUGGAGAUCAACGGGCAAACGAGCAUCUGGGUUUAACUAGCAUGCACACUGUGUGGUUCAGGGAACACAACCGUAUUGCUACUGAAUUAUUGCAACUGAAUCCACACUGGGAUGGUGAGACAAUCUAUCAUGAAGCCCGGAAAAUAGUUGGCGCACAGAUGCAGCACAUAACCUACAGCCACUGGCUCCCCAAAAUCUUUGGUGAUGUUGGAAUGAAGAUGCUUGGGAACUACAAAAGCUAUGAUCCUAAUGUAAAUUCAGGAAUAUUAAAUUCCUUUGCCACAGCAGCUUUUAGAUUUGGGCACACGCUUAUCAACCCCAUUCUCUAUCGUUUGGAUGAUAACUUCCAGCCGAUUUCUCAAGGCCAUCUUCCUCUUCACAGAGCAUUCUUCUCGCCAUUCAGGAUAGUCAAUGAGGGUGGCAUUGAUCCAUUGCUUCGAGGUUUGUUUUCUGUGCCAGGGAAGAAGAGAAUUCCUACCGAGUUGCUCAAUACAGAACUGACUGAAAGACUGUUUUCCAUGGCACAUACAGUAGCUUUGGAUCUGGCUUCAAUGAACAUUCAGAGGGCCAGAGACCAUGGAAUACCUCCUUACAAUGACUAUAGAGUGUUCUGCAAUCUCUCUUCAGCUCAUGAAUUUGAAGAACUGAAAAAUGAAAUUAAGGAUCCUCAGAUCAGGCAAAGGCUCAGAAAUUUAUAUGGCACGCCCUUGAACAUCGAUCUUUUCCCUGCAUUAAUAGUGGAGGACGUGAUUCCUGGAACCAGAAUGGGACCUACACUGUUAUGCUUGCUGGCAACCCAGUUUAAGCGUCUUCGAGAUGGUGAUAGGUUCUGGUAUGAGAAUCCUGGGGUGUUCACUCCAGCGCAGCUCACACAGAUCAAGCAAAGCUCCCUUGCUCGUGUCCUAUGUGACAAUGGAGACAACAUCACCAGGAUCCAACCUGAUGUGUUCAAAGUGGCGACAUUCCCUCAUGGUUAUGAGAGCUGUGCUGACUUACCAAAAAUGGACUUGAGGAUGUGGCAAGAUUGUUGCGAAGACUGCAGGACUAGAGGGCAGUUCAAUGCUCUGUCACAACACUUCCGUGGUAAAAGAUCAGCCAAGUACAGCUUCCAAGAGGAAACCCCGAUAAGAAAGGGGAAACGCAUGACGCUCUCCGAGUUUCUCUCUGACAGCACUCUGAAGGAUGAAAUUAAGACUGACAAUGCCACCUUAUCAUUGAAAUCAUUGAAACCUGUCUCAGAAAAGAAGGAUGCCAACAUGGGUGACUUCCAGGAUUUUGUGGCAGAAAUGCAGAAAACUAUUGCUGGUCUUCAAAAUCAGAUUAAGGAACUUGAAGGGCGUCUCAGUAAAUCUGGCUGCACUGAUGAAAGAGGAAGUGAGCGUUCCAACAAUGAAGAGUGGAGGAAGGACACCUGCACACUGUGCAAAUGCAAGGAAGGACAUCUUACCUGCUUUGUUGAAACGUGUCCACCAGCUACUUGUGCUGAUCCUGUCAAGGUGGCAGGAGCUUGCUGUCGAGUCUGUAUGAAGCAAACUUUGGAAACUGACGAGCAGUCCUAAACCUUCACUGAAGAGCCAGAGGGGUGGGUUGUCCCUUUUAUUCUACAAUGAGCUGUGAUGCCUGGAUGUCACUAACUCUAGUACAUUUUCAAAACUACUCGUGGGUGUUCAUGCAAAGAUGACAUCGGUCUUUGAAGAAAUCACAAGAGAUAUUUUUUCAAAAAAAGCCCCGUAAUCAUGCUCUAUGCUCCAAAAAUGUGGGAAGAUCAAACCUGUAAUUAAACAUUAUGCGUGCAUGUACCGUCAAAGAGAACCACAAUGCAAAAGUAUUGAAAGGGAAAUAGUUUGUUGUGUAUGACAGUGUGAUUUUGUCUGCCAUGUUUUUCUGGUAAGCUUCUCAGGUUAGAAAUGCCAAAAAAAAGUGGUGCUACAUGUAUUUUCUUGUAUAUGACAUUAUAGUGACUAGUAGGAGGUAACAUACCAUAACAUUUUUAAGUUACUUUUUAUUUGCUCAAAAGCAAAAUUAUCUCAAGUACUGACGCUCCUGAAAAUCAGCAUAUGCUUUUUUUCUCUCUUCCACACACACACACAUCCUCCCUUCCUUUAACUUACUUUUUCAAAGAGUGUGAGAAAAUAUUUCAGGAAAAGGAAAAACAAUCUAAAUAAAUGUUUCACCUUCUUCACGCUCAGUCAUAGAGCCCCAGAUGUUUUCUGUGCUGUAUCUGGUGUCAGUCUUUCACCCUUACAAGGUGUUGAGACUUGUACGCUGUUCUUUCAGCUACUGUGGCUCUGCUUGGAAAUAAUGUGAAGAGAUUGCUUGUACUUGUUUGAACAGUUGACUUUCAGAUGCCUACUAAUUGCAUUUCAGUGUACAUACUGCAUUGAAAAAGUGCCCUGUGUUGCUUUACUAACUUGUGGCAGUAAUUGUUGGGAGUUCUCACAAGUUGGGUGGAUUUUAUCAUUCCACAUUAGGACGUUUGAAUUGAAUCUUUUCCUCACUUGUGGCCUGGUUACUGAAUUUUCAGCUUUAACCAUUGCAUUUUAUUGGGUUUAUGGCAUUUUGCACUUCUUAAUUAUCGUAUUACAUUUUUUUAAAAAUGUGCUAGUAAUUUUUUUUACAACAUAGCAAUUUGUAUGCAGACUAAAGACAUUUGAAGAGGUCUGUGAAACGGGGUUUUAUCGCUCCAUGAUUAUCCAUUGAAUGGUCGUGCAAACCAGUGAAACAGUAUUAAAUGCCAUCUAUCACUUCCAAAUGUCGUUGCAUUAUUUUUUUGAGAAGUUUAUUUAUUUCCUCAAUUAGUCAGAGGCUAAUUGAGCACUUUUGACCAUCGAUGAAGGACAUCUGAUAAUUUUUCAACAUUUUUAAUUAAAAAAAGCUCAUACCUCAAUCUUUCAUUCACGGUGCUAUCUGAUUUUACGGCAAACAAUCUCUUGUGUUACUUUGAGAAAGUAACCAUAUUUGUAAUAUGCCAAUCUGUAUUUUAGGUUUGUUAAUGAACCCCUGUUAAUUUAUAUUUUUUUAUAUAUAUCAGGAAAUGGGUUGGGGUGGGGAACAGGCAAAAUAUCAGUGCAUCUCAGCAGCAAUCAAUCCUCACUUGUGUAAAUCUAGCAGGUACUAGCUAUGUACAAGGGAUGUUACAUUUCAAGGCUUCCCAUUGUUAAGAUGUCCGUGAUUUUUCUCCCUCCCCCCCUCCCUCCCCCAGUGGUUCUUGGAUACAAAGGAGCAACAUCAUUUGAAACAUAUUUAAAUAUCUCCUCAGCUUUUUUAAAAAAAUGUUUUAAAAAAAAUCAUUUAAGGUUUUUUCCCCUGCGUCUGCGUAUUUUUGUUUUGUUCAUUGUAGCAUGCAGACUGUGAUGUUAAUGAAUGAAUUGUGAUGUGUUCUGCUGAGACAAUAUGAAGCAUAUCUGCUGCUUUCUAUUUGUUUAUUUUUUACUAUUUCUCCAUGUAACAGCAGUGCUGAUAGUUUUUUUUGUACUGACCAUUGUCUCUUUGAAUUUGAUCACAUCGUUCUGAGGCUGGCAGUCUGAAAGCCAUAUUUGCUUUAAUGAGACAGAAUGCUCUUUAUAUUACAUACAACAAUAAAUUUACCAAAGAGAUGUUUGAUGUUUGCACUGUGUAAUACAUUUGUAUGGACAAAAUUAAAUAGACCACAUUAUCUUAAA